AUGACUGUGUCUAGAAUAUCUCCACUCCCUCAUUACUCGGGAUCACAGAAUCCCAUUCAAAUUGACGACUCGUCUCAAUACUCUGAAUCUCCCACGCCUGGUCUUUCGCCAGAAACUGGUCUUUUGGCUGCACGCAGCACUAAAGACUUCAAAUUCCCUCCUGCAUUUGGCCUCCGAAGCAUGAAUCCCGAUUCAAACAAAGUCCGAGUCUUGAAGGCUCCACGCUUGCGACGCCGCCCUAAGGCCACUAAGGCCAACAAAAUUGCUGACUUUAGGCUUACAGGGCCCUUGAGCCAGGUAACCCAGCACCUGACCCAUGUCCCACUCAAAGACAUGGAAGCCUGGAUUAAUCGACCAGCCGAAGAACGUCGGAGAGAAGCUGCUAAGAGGGGUAAGGUCACGCGACCUAUGAACUCGUUCAUGCUAUACCGCUCUGCUUAUUCUGAACGUACAAAGAAAUUGUGUUCGCAGAGCAACCAUCAGAUCGUGUCGUGUAUAUCGGGGCAAAGCUGGGCACUGGAGCCUCCCGAGAUCAAAGAACAGUACGAGUUACUUGCUUUGGUUGAACGAGACAAGCAUCACAAGGCACAUCCAGAUUACAAGUUUACUCCGAACAAGGCACAGAUGCGGCCUCGCAAAAAGCGACGAGCCAAGGAUGAAGGCAGUGAGGCCGAUGAAACUGGUUAUCAGCUUGGUCCCCACAGGUCUCCGAACCCUCACAAGCACAUGAAGACCGGAGUCUUCAAGAACGAAUAUGGCAGUCGUGAAUCGACACCAUACGACCAGGACCCUCUAUUUCCUGACUCUGUUCAUAAUCGAUGGCCAAUGACUCUUGGCCAACGUUUGCCGACACGUCUCAUGGCACCUCACGAGCAACAACAACAACAACAACAUCAUCAUCAUCAUCAUCAUCAUGGUGGAUACUACAUGAAUGCACAUGGACCAUACCCAGGAAUGAUUCGAUCGUCUGAUGAUGCGCACACUGCUGCGAGACCAACCGGUUAUGUCAUCAACAAUGGAUACAGCGCGUCAACUAGUUUGGCCAGUAUUCCGGGUAACAUCAACCAAGAGCUGCUGCGUUCAUACAGCAGCGCCAGCAGUGCUUCUACCACUGUAAAUGCAAAUGGUGGCAACAAUAACCAUUCUAAUGGUGCUACUAUGCCUCGCAUGGACGAUAGUCAGCUGGAUCCACAACUGUUGGCUUCUCAACAAGCUGGACUUGACUUGCGUUCUUACAACCAAGUCAACAUGUCUACAAUGUGGCCUCAGCAUGAUCAAGAUCUCAGCUCAUACAUGCCAAUGAGUGGCCCCAUUGGAAACAAUGGUGUUUCCUACGAUUCAUUGAAUGCCAACUAUACCAUGCAACCUCUUGAGGAGGGACAGCAGGUAUGGGCCCAGUGCGGCGAAGAUGAGGGAAUCGGUGGCUCUGAGGUCAUUGGCAAAGAUUUUGAUCAGUGGAUUCAUAAUCAGAAUCACCACCAACCGGUUUAUGGUGGGCCACAGUGAUCAAAGAAGAUCCUCUCGAGUUGACGAAUGCCACGACAGCUCCUACUGGCGGUAAUCUCAGUCAGGUUUGAGUAAAGACAGGAAAAGAUGCCCCGAUACCCCCUUCUAGGCUUGUUAGAUGAGAGCAUGGAAUCCGUCUUCAACGCCUCUAAUAUUUUCUUUAUGUUUGAUGCGAUGUACUCAAUGUGAAUCUUUUCCGCUCUUCGUUCCUUGGUUCAAUCCGGUUGGUU